AUGGAGAAGAGCCCUCCCGUCAAGACGGUCGUCUCUGAAGAGGAACCGGAACAGGUACUUGAGGAGGUGGGAGCCGGCAACGGAGCGGCAUUCAACCCACUCGACAUCCCUCUCAAGUACAAAUGGACGGCCCUCCUCCUCGUCAUCACCCUCCCCAUAGGACACACCUGGACAGGCUCGGCCCUGGGACCGCUCAAGAACACUCUGCGAGAAGAGCUCGGGAUCAACAACACGCAGUUUGGCGUCAUAAGCAGCGCGGAUGCCUUUGUCAACACCGUCUUCCCCAUCAUCGGGGGGCUGAUCCUGGACUGGUGGGGCCCCAACAUCAUCACCCUGUGCUGCACUUCCAUCAUCCUCAUCGGCUCCGUUGUCGCUGCCGUCGGAGUCCAAGUUGGGAUCUGGAGGCUUCUCGUCUCGGGCCAUGUCCUUAUGGGUUUCGGCAUCGCCGUUCUCGACUCGGCAACACAAAAGUUCUUCUAUCACUGGUUCGGUGCCUCCGGCCUAGCCCUGGCCUUUGGACUUGAAAGUGCCGUCUCGAAUACGGUCGGGCUCGUGUCGGGAAUGGUGGCCAUUCCCAUCCGGAACAAUACCGGAUGGUACGGCUGGACUUUCUGGAUCCCCGUCGUCUUCUGCGCAUGGUCCCUCAUCAUGAACGUCGCCUACGUCUGCUACGAGCGUCUGGUGGUGCCCCCCGAAUACAGGCUCACCCCGGGCCGCGACGCGGCCAUCACGGAGAAGUACCUCUCCAGCAAGCGCAGCUUCUCCCUCAACAGCCUGCUCACCCUGCCCUGGGCCUACCUCAUGCUCCCGGCCACUCAGCUGCUGCAGAGCGGCGCGGCCGGUGGGUUCAGCACCAGCUCGGCGGACAUCAUCUUCUUCAAGGGGUACACGGAGGAGGUGGCCGGUUAUCUCUCCACCGCUCAGGAGAUACUGCCGAUCGUCCUGAGCCCCGUCCUCGGUCUGGCCGUCGACAGGUAUGGCCACCGAUUCCACUACGUUGCGGCUGCGCCUAUCCUCUGGAUCAUCGCCUGCUCGGUCCUGGGCUUCACCGAUGUCCAUCCGACAGCUGCACUGGUCUUCUCCAGCUUGGCGGGCGUCAUCAAUUCCAUGCCUCUGCAGAUCUGCAUACCGCUGCUGGUAGCUGAUCAGGCCAAGAUCGGUACCGCGUUCGGAGUCUGGAGGGCUUUCAACAACUCGGGCUCGACUAUUAUGGAUGUCGUCUUUGGUGUCCUGCAAGACGGGAGCAAGAAUAACGGUUAUUACAAGGUUCUUUUGGUGGCGAUCGGCAUCAAGGCUUGGGCUUUUGUGCUUGGGCUGUCGUACAUCUUCAUCGACUACAAGUGCCUCGGCAAGGGCAUGACCAUGACUCUCCACCAGCGCGAGGCAAAGGAGGCCACGAUCGAGGAUCGAGACUCGGACCCUCUGACUCGCAGGAGGUCGAAGCCGUGGUUCACCGCUCUCACCUUCACUCUGUUGGUUUCUAUCAUCGCGAGUGCAUGGGCGGUCUUCCUCAAGUACCUGAUCUGA